CAACCAUUGCCAACUCUCUGCUCAUAACAAUCCCUUUGGUUGCAGUCUCUUAGUACCUUGUGCAAUCUAUUACAUAUCACUUUCUUUUAGCCAUUCUAAGUAGUGAUUCUUUGACCCUUUUUUCUGCUUUGAAACUGAUAUAUACAUAAUUUUAGAACAAAGAAUGGCAUCGAGCUCAAUGUCGUCCCGUGGUUCAGGUUCAUGGACAGCCAAACAAAACAAAGACUUUGAAAGGGCUUUGGCUGUGUAUGAUAAGGACACCCCUGACCGUUGGUACAAUGUUGCCAAAGCUGUUGGUGGGAAAACUGCUGAGGAAGUUAAGAGGCACUAUGAGCUGCUUGUGGCUGAUGUCAAGUAUAUUGAAUCAGGCCAAGUUCCCUUCCCUUACAGGUCCAAUGGAAAUUAGCCAAGGGAUGGAAAAUCUGAAACUGAAUUGAAGCAUGAAGUUGAAUCAUUUCUCCACCUACAAUAAAGAUGAUCAUCUACUAUACUAGCUAUUAUUAAUGAUAGAAGAUUAAUCAGCCAUUAAUUCUAAGUUUUGUUGUGCUCUUCUAUUUAUGUUUCGCCUAUAAAUUUGUACGAGGAAAAGGCACAUAAUUGUGAUCCUUACUUCCCCCACCCCACCCUGUGUUUUUUUGUUUGUGAAAGAAUCUCUUGUUGGAAUACAUAA